GCGCAUAGUUUAAAAAAAAUCGGAACAUUCAUUCGUAGCAUCCUACGAGAUAACUCGGAAAGAUUUCAGGUGAAAAUAUUGACAAGAAUAGUUAAAAUGACUCACAUUUGUUCUAAACCUAUACUUAUUGGACCAUCAAUUUUGAAUGCGGAUUUGUCCAAACUAGCUGUUGUUUGUGAUCAUCUACUUAACGCUGGCGCUGAUUACCUACACCUCGAUGUCAUGGAUGGACAUUUCGUACCUAAUAUCACAUUUGGGCAUCCUGUUGUAGCGUCUUUGAAAAAACACCUUCCAUCCAAGGCGUUUUUAGAUCUUCACAUGAUGGUUUCUAAUCCCGAAAAGUGGGUUGAAAAUAUGAAAGCUGCUGGGGCAAGCCAAUACACUUUUCACUUAGAAUCAACUGGAAAUGCUAUGCAUUGUAUCCACAAAAUACGUGAAGCUGACAUGAAAGUUGGUCUUGGUAUAAAACCAAAAACACCAGUCACUGAAGUAUUACCUUAUGUUGACUCCGUUGAUAUGAUUUUAAUUAUGACUGUCGAGCCCGGUUUUGGUGGGCAAAAAUUUAUGGCAGAUAUGUUACCAAAGGUUAAGUAUCUUCGUGAAAGGUAUGCAAAUUUGGAUAUUGAAGUUGAUGGUGGUGUCACCCUGAAGAACGUUCGAGAUUGCGUCGAAGCUGGAGCGAAUAUGAUUGUCUCUGGCACUGAAAUAACAAGUCAUGAAAAUCCUGCUAAUAUUAUUAGAUUGAUGAGAUCUACUGCUAGUCAACUUUUUAAUUCAUCACUCAUAGAUUAGUGAAAUAUUAAUGAUCAUUUUUUUGUACUUUGGUUCAACUAAAUAGAUUCUUUUUCUACAAUAAAAAAUAUGUGAAUUUGACAAGAUAGUUGUGUAUUUUACACAUUUAAUCUAUUGACAAAGUUGGGCUGAUUUAAUGCUUAGGUAGAUGAGUCUGCAAUUGAUCAGUGUUUUAUUGGUAUAUGUUUAUGUGCACCCGGUGUGGAUUGCCUCGAUAUUACCUUGAUUAACAAGCAUUAUAAGCAGAGAUGGAUGGUAACUAACAGUCUGAUCCAGAACGCGUGUUUCGUCCUACUUGGGGCUCGUCAGUUGGAUGUACCUGCAUCCUAGAGUUGAUGUUCACUCCGGGAGUUCCUUCAUAAAAUGUGAAGACCAUACGUUUAAUACUUCAUUUGCAAAUCCUUUAUCAAUCGUCCCAAAUUUCAUUGUUCCUUCAUUACAAUAACAAUCACUCUCCGUUCUCUUCGAUUUGAUCUUUUCAACCUUGUGCUGCCAGACAUUACACUUGUGAACGACGUUACCUACUACUUAUGUCGAAAUAAGUAGCAUACACCACACUAUGGUUUACGAUGACGUCUAAUACUGUACUUGAUCACUAUCGCGAACAACGUUGAUCAGCCAUGAAAGAUAAAACAAAAGUGUACAAUUAUCCAUAUAAAAGUAGAAAAUACCUGGAAACCACUCAUACAAUGUGAAUAAAUUGACUCGAUUGCGAGAAGACAGCAUCACUAUGUAAACCAGUUAUCUGAUGAAAACGUCUUACUGCCGUUACACUCCUGUACAGUCAUCAGUCCAAGCUCGUUCUCCUAUCUUAAGUUGCUACUUUUACUCUUACCGUUCUCCAACCGACCUGCUUGGGAUGAGUGGAUUACAGGAACAAGUAAUCCAGCCAAUAUAGCUUUAUCGGUUCAUCACGUCAAUGUAGCAGCUACAUUAUCGAAAAUAAAUAAUGACAAAACGAAUUACAGCAUAGAAACUAUAUUCUGAAAAUUCAAUAAAUUAAUAAGCUUCAGUAUGCCUAAUGUUAGCUGCAUCACGCAAUGUGUAUGAAUGCUGAAUGACUAAAACCGAAAUAAAGCUUUCGUGAAUAGUUUUGUUUCAUUAGGUAAUCAUUAUGUUUCAAAAUAUAUUCAUGAAAUGUUCCACAUUUCAUAUGACCUACGAAAUAGAUCCACUUAAUAAAAAUGAUCAACUUUUGUAUCGGUUUUAAGACUAUUUAAAAAAAUGCGGUAGAAAUUUGAGGUGGGUAAAAGUAAUGUGAAUUUGUUAAAAUGUAAUUAUAACGACCCAUAAAAAUUAGAGCUGGUACAAAUAUGUAUCCUAUCUACUAAACGAAACCGCGUAGAACCAUUACCUAGAAGCAAAUGACACUAAAGCACUGGACGGCCGUUUCGUCAUAUCGUGGGACUCCUUAGCAGUGCGCAACUAUAAUCCCACAGGCGGGAUUGUCGAAAAUCCUAGAGAAUGGGAUUGUGUAGCUUCAUUCUGCCGUCUGAUCGAAAUUUCUUCAAGAAAACAUUUGAAAUUCUUAGAAAUAAACAAAGUUUAAAUACUCCUUCACUAGUCGAUUGUCUAAUCAUAUUCUGAAGAUGCUUUAGUAUUCUGUGUGAAUUCGAGUUUGUUAGUGUAAGAUCUGUUCAAAGUGUAACAACUUUCACCUGAUCUAUGUGUACGUGAUUUGUUUCAUAAUUCAAUGAUUAUAUAGUGAAGAUCAUGUUCAUCAUUCUUGUAAUUAGAAAUUGUAUGUAGUCAGGAAUAACACUGAGCGUUGAUUGAUAAAUAAAUAUUAGUCUGUAUAUACAUUUCUAUCCCAGCCGAAAUCAGUAAAAAAACAUACUGAAUAACCAAACAGUUGAAUGUGAUUCAAUUAUAUCCCUUGCCACAGAAUUUGUAAUCCCGAACGUUGGGAAGACCCAGAAAAUUCCACCGAAAAUACCCAAAGGGGCUCUGGAAACACUAGGAAACAUCUUAUUCAGUCAGUAUUGAGUAGAAGUUUCUCAGAAAUAUCCAGAAAGUGAAGUCACAUUGCUGAUUGGAUGAUUGCCUAUUCUCUUAUGGUUGGUAGAGCUUCAGAGGCCCAAGGCCAUCUGAAAUACUAUAAAUACCCUCGAUUUUCUGCAUAUAAACAAACCUUGAAGUAAAGCGUUCUUUCCGUGUAACACUUCGUUUCUCUCAUGUUCAAGCUAGCCUGGGCUUAUUAGAUGUUAUAAAAUCUAUACAAACGUUAAGUCAGAAGAUUUGUCAAUGGAGACGGAGAAAUCUACAAUGAACUUUUCUUUUAAACAACUGGGAGCCUAUAUGGAGUGUCAAGAGAAAGAAUCAUGGGAGCUCUUGUGCAGAAAAUGUGCAUGUCCCAGCAAAACCCAGCUUCUGGUGCACUGCAAGUAACACAUAUAUAUUCCGUCAUUAAUGUCAUCCAUGAGUUUAACUUUGACAAUCUAACAGGUGUUACUUUCGACUCAUGAUUCAAGAAAUAUGAAGAUCUGUUCCAUAUUGAUCUCUGCAGACUGGAUGAUGCUUCAAAAGUCAAAAUACGUUUAAGAAGACUUGUAACGACAGAAUACGAACGCUCUGGUAACUUUGUUCUUCCGAAGAAAUCGUGAGACUUGAGUUUUGAUUAAACGAUUAAAACCCUGUCCCAAAUCUUUGGAAAACAGUCAUUUCUGUUUAACAUCCGUUACCAAUGUAUGGAUAUAACUAAAGAACCAGGACAUGAUGGAGUGUGACAUUCAGGAGUUGUCAACCGAGAAUGAGAUGUUCAGGUUUUUCUCCAUGACAGAAGAUCAUUUCGAAUGCCUUGUAUUUGUCUGUAGCAUGCAUUCACCCGAGAUGUUGAUAUCCAAACAAGAAUCCUAAGCAAACUUGGGUAUUGUUCUAGCAUUACCCUACAGGAAGUAACUACCGAAUGUCAAAGGGUAGUGAAUUGAAACCAUGAUACCUCGAUGGUAGAGAAUGGUAACCGGUUCCUUUACGUCAAUGCAGUCGAGAGACGUUUUACAAGGUUCUAGCACAUAGAAUUAUCGUAAUGACAGCGACAGACCAUCAUCCCCAUGCUGGUUAUGUGUCUUGAGUCAUAGAUUACUUUAUUCGUGGUUUUAAAAAAAAUAAUUAAACAAACGAUCAAAUGACAAAUAAGUUUCCUUUUUAUUGUCUCAGUUUUAAGUAAGGUGUUAGGAAAAAGUUAUAACCGCUAGUGGAAUAGUGUUAGGACGAAGGUAAAAGAUUUCUACUGGAACUGAAAAUGAAGUUAAUAGCUGCGUCGUUUAAUUUGUACAGGAUCUCUCAAAAAUGCUAUACAUGAUUUCUCACAUUUUACCUUGAUCAAGAAGAUUACAUUUCCCGAUAAUGACAAUAUUUUAAUACGGAAAAACAUCUCAGUUUCCCUACAUAUUUAGAUGCGAAUAAAGUUUAGUUUCACAUAAAGGUAACUACCGUAGUACAGACUUAAAGUUUUCGAACAGCCUGACAGAAGUAGUAGCUAGCAGUGGAAUUCAAGAUGCGCGUUCCGUUCUAUUUGGGACUCGUCAGCUGGAUGUACCUGCAUCUCAGAGUUAAUGUUCACUCUGGGACUCCAACCCAGUACCAUUCGCUUCAAACAUCAACUCUGAGAUGCAGGUACAUCCAAAUGAAGAGUCCCAAAUAAGACGAAACGCGCGCCCUGAAUUUCACCGCUAGCCACUAUCCAUCUUUGUUUAUUAAGCUGUGAAUUAAGGCUAUAUCGAGGCAAUACGCAUAGUAUGCAUGUAUGCCAAUAACAGACUGACCAAUUGCAUUCCUAAAUAACAUUGGGAAGAUUCAAGUAAAACAAUACGAAGUGAAUUUAGACUGAUAGAAGUGCUUUUAAAGUGUUUAUAAUAAAAUUGUACAAAAAGGGGAUAUAGUUUACUUCUUUCAAAACCCAUUGUACGAUAUAAUUUACAUAUAAAACAGAUUUUCUAAUCAAUUUCCUAGACUAAAUUCACUUGGUAUUGUUUACUUGAAUUUUCAUAUUGAGUUCGAGUCCCAGAGUGAACAUAGGAUCUGCGGUGCAGGUACAUCCAGCUGAUGAGUCCCGAAUAAGACGGAACGCACAUCCUGGAUUCCACUGCUAGCCACUACCCAUCUUUGCUUAUAAUUCCUUAGACUGUUGCACACAAACUUGCUAUGGAUUUUGAUGAAAAAGGUCCUAGAAGAGCCGAAGAGUACUAUUCAAUCAGAAUGCAAUGAAGCUUUCUGGAAUAUCAACGUGGAAAGCUACUAUUGGUUAGUAGCAUAACAUGCCUCUUCUCGGAUUGGUUGAAUUAUAAUGUUGAUUUAACAAACGCUAAUAUCUAUAAAUACCCAUGAUUUUCCGUACAUUUUGAUUCUUGUCAAAUAAGCACUUUCCCCAGUUUAUUGCUGUUUUCUUAUUUGUGACUUGGGGGUCUUUAGCGUUCGAGUGCUCAAGUUAUAUGCGGUAUAUUAAGAAUCUAAGGUUCUAGAUAAUAACAAUUAGUAAUAGCAAAAUGAGAAACCUUCAUUUUUUUUGCUGAUCUCCAAAUGACAAUGAAUGUUCUUUAUCACCACUUAAUUUUUACAAAGACUCAAAAACUCGAUUUUCUCUAAAUCGAAUAGGUGAUAUUAAUUAGAAGACUAUAAACCCUAUGGUUUGAAUUGGUUUUUUCUGGCUAACGUUUUUUAGCGAGUCAGUUUUCUAUGGGAUGGGGUCGCUAACCCCAUGCCCAAUCCUCUUCCUUUACCCAGGUUUGGGACUGUCAGUAGCUCUAGGAGUGCUACAAGCAUCGUGAGGCAAGCCCUAACAUAGAAUCCUGAUGUAAUGCGGUAAAGAGGAAGGCCAAAGAACACAUUACAUCGUGAAAUAGCCGACAUGAAAUGGAUGAAUAACGACUUGAAAGGAUUGUACAGGACACGGUUGGAUGGAGAAUGCUGGUGAGUGGCCUAUGCUCCUCCACGAAGAGUAACAAGCUCUCCCCAAAAGUAGCAAUUUCUAA